AUGAUGACAGAAUAUAAUCAGCACUUUGAGAAAGCGUUGGAUUUUAUUAAUAUCUAUCAAGAAUUAAUAGAUUGUCACUUAGUUGAUUUUAUCACUGAGGGAUUAUGGGAUAAAUGCUUACCAGAAAAAUUAAGAUCAGAACUUGAAAAUACUGACAUGAGCGACGAUAUCUGGGCAGAAAACAAUACAGAUUCGGAAUUGAGUAAUUUCAUACAGUUAACAAAAUCACUUUCUUUAGAAUCAUGUCCAGCAGUUAUAUGUGUAAAUGAUUUGCCAAAGUUAUUAUCACAGUUUUCCACUGAACUUCUGAUUGAAAACAAAUGUGUUUAUCCAAAGUCUAAGCUCAUGAAUACAAAGAAAUCACAUGAAAUUGAAGUGCUUGGAAAAGUUAUUACCGAAAUAGCACUUUCCACCCAUAGUUUAGUAAUAGAUGCUGGAGCUGGGAAAGCAUAUUUAUCAACAUAUUUGUCAGAACAUUUUAAUAUUCCUGUAUUAGCAAUUGAUUCGUCACAAGUUUGUCACAAGGGUGCGAUAAAUCGUCAGGAAAAAAUUCAGAAAAGGAAACAAACUCUAACGAAGAUUCGAUAUAUAGUUCAAGAGCUAGACGACACAACUAAUUAUAAUAAAGUGGUGAAUACAUGUUACCCUGAUUGGAGUGUAAAUAGAAAUCUCAUUUUGACAGGAUUGCACACUUGUGGAAUGCUUGUUCAUUCUGUGAUUAAAGCUUUUUUACAUGCAGAGGAUAUUAAUUUACUUCUUGUUGUUCCAUGCUGUUAUCAUUUAGCGAAUGAAACAUUGAGUGGACGCUGGAAUUUUAGUAAAAAUGCCAGAAUGUUGGCUCAACAAUCUGUCGAAAGAAGUAGAUAUAAUAAGCAUCUUUCUCCUUUGUUAUUUUACAGAGCUGUGCUGCAAGUUAUUCUACAUUCAAUGGGAUAUUACAAUGCUAAAGUAGGGCGUGGUGGUCCACUGAAUAAUUUCGUGGACUACGCAAAAUGCGCGCUAUCCAGAAUCGGGAUGGAUAAGAAGCAGAUACCACCCGCAUAUGUAUUGCAAGAAGUAUAUCAGAAUCACAUACACUUCGAAUCAAAGUUGCGUCUGUUUCAAAUGUUGAGAAUACAUAUGAGCUCGGUAGUGGAAGCAGCAAUCAUGUUGGACAGAAUAGUAUUUUUACAAAAUAAUAUCAAGUGUUCCAAGGUUGCUGUAAUACGUUUGUUUGAUCCAACACUCUCUCCUAGAUGUUAUGGAAUAAUUGCAACGAAAUAAGUACAACAAAUAUGAAGAUAUUAAAAAUGUUAUAGACAGAAAAAAAAAUUAAUUAUAAAACAGU